UUUGUAAGACUUGUUGCUAUUGGCUAAGAGAGAGGGGUUUCCCAAUAGUUUGAGGAUACCCAAGAUGGCGACCAUGAGAACCCAUGCUCUUACUUUCAAGAUAAUAGCAGAAUGUUCAACGACAAAGGCUCGUGUAGGAAAGAUGACACUACCGCACAAUAUUGUUGACACUCCAGUAUUCAUGCCUGUUGGUACACAGGGGACGCUAAAGGGAAUGUUGCCAGAACAACUGAAAGAGCUGGAUUGUAGAAUAAUGCUUGGCAACACUUAUCACUUAGGCCACAGGCCAGGACCAGAACUUUUGGAAAAAGCUGGUGGUCUUCAUAAGUUCAUGAACUGGGAUAGAUGUCUCCUCACAGAUAGUGGAGGUUUCCAGAUGGUAUCCCUGUUGAAGCUGGCAGAGAUAACAGAGGAGGGUGUGAAGUUUGAGUCUCCCCAUGAUGGCUCAGAGAUGAUGCUCACCCCAGAAAAGUCCAUAGAAAUACAAAACUCUAUUGGUGCUGACAUAAUAAUGCAGCUUGAUGAUGUAGUACACAGCACCACGACUGGUCCACGAGUGGAGGAGGCCAUGCACAGAACAAUCCGCUGGCUGGACCGGUGUCUUGUGGCUCACGGACGUCCACAUGACCAGAACAUCUUCCCUAUUGUGCAGGGAGGGCUGGAUGCUGAACUACGCAAACAGUGUGCUCAGGAGCUGACCAAGCGAGAUGUUGCGGGGUUUGCUAUCGGAGGACUGAGUGGUGGGGAAGAGAAAUCUCAGUUUUGGAGAAUGGUCGAUGUGUCAACUGAUCACCUGCCUCGUGACAAACCACGAUAUCUUAUGGGCGUCGGUUUCGCAGAGGACCUGGUGGUGUGCUCAGCUCUGGGAUGUGACAUGUAUGAUUGUGUGUUCCCCACGAGGACAGCCAGGUUUGGCAACGCGCUGGUACGGGAAGGAAGUCUGAAUCUCUGUAAGAAGGCGUUUUCACAGGACUAUCGACCAAUAGACGCCACAUGCGCAUGUUCUACCUGUAGUCAAUACACGAGGGCGUACCUUCACACCAUAGCUGCUAAUGAGGCCGUGGCUAGUUCUCUCAUUACGGUUCAUAAUGUGGCAUUUCAGCUUGACCUUAUGAGGAGUAUACAGCAAUCUAUCAUAGAAGACCGAUUCCCCGCUUUCAUACAGAAUUUCUUCCGUGUCCGACAUCCGGAUGGUCAGUACCCUGUCUGGGCUGUUGAGGCUCUGGCAAAGGUCAAUGUCAAACUGGACUCUAAGGAGGCUAUUGGUGAAAAUGCUGGCCAGAUGGACGGUGGUGAAUUGAGUCAGUUGACAAUAGAAAGUGGCCAAGUUGGACAAACAAAAGAAAGUGGCCAAGUUGGACAAACAAAAGAAAGUGUAAAGUCUUGAUUGUGAAUUUUUAUUAUGUAAUGUAAAUAUAUUGUAAAAACAGGUAGAUAAAUAUACAGAUAAGUCUU